GACGCCCAGUUGCGCGAAUUCUGCCGCGGGCGAAGAAGCUCGGCGCCGCCUCGCGCCGCCUCCCCCAAAGUCCCUGCCCCGCCGCGGAGCGUCACUUCCGCCACCCCGGGCUGGGGUUGGGGCGGGGAGCGCGGGGGAGGGGGCCACUAGGUCGGAGGGAAGGCCGUCUGUAGCUGGCGCCCUAGCAGGGACUACAUUUCCCGAGGGGCCUCGGCGGAGGUAGCGACGGCGGGCGCGGCGACGUCCCCGGAAGUGGAGCCCGGGACUUCCACUCGUGCGUGAGGCGAGCGGAGCCGGAGACAAGAGCAGAGGCCGAACUCGGGAUCUGACAAGAUGGCCGGGCUGCCCCGCAGGAUCAUCAAGGAAACCCAGCGUUUGCUGGCAGAACCAGUUCCUGGCAUUAAAGCAGAACCAGAUGAGAGCAACGCCCGUUAUUUUCAUGUGGUCAUUGCUGGUCCCCAGGAUUCCCCCUUUGAGGGAGGGACUUUUAAACUUGAACUAUUCCUUCCAGAAGAAUACCCAAUGGCAGCACCUAAAGUACGUUUCAUGACCAAAAUUUAUCAUCCUAAUGUAGACAAGUUGGGAAGAAUAUGUUUAGAUAUUUUGAAAGAUAAGUGGUCCCCAGCACUGCAGAUCCGAACAGUUCUGCUAUCAAUCCAGGCUUUGUUAAGUGCUCCUAAUCCAGAUGAUCCAUUAGCAAAUGAUGUAGCUGAGCAGUGGAAGAGCAACGAAGCCCAAGCCAUAGAAACAGCAAGAGCAUGGACUAGGCUAUAUGCCAUGAACAAUAUUUAAGUCGGUCAGAUCAUCAAGUGUACACCACUUCUCCUGUUCUGCCAAGACUUCUUCCUUUUUUUGUUUGCAUUUAAUGGACACAGUCUUAGAAACAUUACAGAAUAAAAGCCCAGGCAUCUUCAUCUUUGGUGAUCACAUGCACAUUAGCAAAUCUGUCUUGUCCUGAUUCACUGUUGUAAAGCAUGAGCAGAGGCUAGAAGCAUCACCCAGGUUGCUGAGAGAUGCUGAGAAGCAGGACUCUCUGCUUUGACUCCUUUCCCCAUCAUGGUCUAAGUACAAGGCACUGUGAAUGAAGGUAGUUGUCAGGGUUAGCUGCCAGGGGCAUGGGUGUUUCUAUUUUAUUUUUUAGGGGGAAAGUAGUUUUAUUUUAAUUUUAUGGCCUCCUUUCCCCUCCCCUCUCUUAAGGGAUCUAAUUGCAGUGGUUAAGUGCAGCUAACCGGUGUUUUAGAAUAUGCUCUCUAGCCAAGUCUAACUUUAGACGCUGUAGAUGGACAAGCUUGACUGAUCCAAAAUGGGAACAUUAAAUAAACAUCACAGCCCUCACUAAUAACAUUGUGACUUUGCCGUCAGGUGUAGAUUCUCUGUCCCCCACCCCCACCCCCACCCCCAAAAGACGAAGAAAAAGCUUGUGACCAUUUUGUAUGGCUUGUCUGGAAACUUCUGUAAAUCUUAUGUUUUAGUAAAAUAUUUUUUGUUAUUCUA